AUGAAACUCGACACCAAAGCCCUGCGAUAUCUGACCAACGACGACUGGCGUGUGCUGACCGCUGUCGAGACGGGAAGCAGAAACCAUGAAGUGGUGCCCACCAGCUUGAUCGGCUCGAUAUCCGGCUCGAAGGGAGGGCUACAGCGAUGCAUCUCGACUCUUGCAAAGGCGAAUUUGAUCGCGAAAGUGAAGAACGCAAAAUCUAACCUCCAUCGUGCCAAAAAAAAAGAUGACGGCUACCGGCUCACCUACGGCGGGCUCGACUACCUAGCCCUACACGCGCACCAGAAGCACGCGACCGUCUACUCGGUCGGCAACCAGAUCGGCGUCGGCAAGGAGUCGGACAUCUUCGUCGUCGCCGACCCGGCCGGCAAGCAGCUCGUGCUCAAGAUCCACCGGCUGGGCCGGAUCUCGUUCCGCACCGUCAAGUCGAAUCGCGAUUACCUCCGCAAACGGAGCUCCGGGUCGUGGAUGUACAUGUCCCGGCUGGCUGCGGUCAAGGAGUUCACGUUCAUGAAAGCGCUCGCGGGCCAGGGCCUCCCGGUGCCGGAAGCGGUGGCCCAGAAUCGACAUACGAUCGUCAUGGGCCUGGUGGAUGCGUUCCCCCUGAGACAGAUUUCCGAGGUGCCGGAUCCGGCGCGGCUGUAUGCGGAGUUGAUGGAGAUGAUCUUGCGGCUGGCUGGGCUGGGGCUGAUCCAUGGCGAUUUCAAUGAGUUUAAUAUCUUGAUCAAGGAGGAGAAAGAGGAGGAGAGAGAAGUGCCAGCUGCAGAUCGGACUGACGCUGAACAACAGCAGCCGCAGCAGCAGCAGCAGAAUCCGCCGAUAAAGUUGGUGCCCAUUCUCAUCGACUUCCCACAAAUGGUAUCGAUCGACCAUCCGAACGCCGACUUCUACUUCGACCGCGACGUCUCCUGUAUCAAGCGCUUCUUUGAACGCCGCUUCCAUUUCCGGAGCGACGAGCCCGGUCCGCAUUUCGCCGAAGCGAAGGCUCAACUCCGGGGAGGGGAUGUCAAGCGUCUGGAUGUCGAGGUUGAAGCGUCGGGUUUCUCGAGAAAGAUGGCGAGAGAGUUAGAGGCUUAUAUGCAGGAUGUGGGCGUUGAUGGGGAUCACCAGGAUGUUACGAAUGAAGAAGAGGAAGGUGGUGGUGGUGGUGGGUCUGUAGGAUCGGGUCCGGAAGAGCUUGAGGAUGAGGAUGAGGACGAGGAUGCAUUGGACAAAACCCACUCGUGA